CAUUGAUUCUUAAAUGGAUAUAAAGACGUUACUUUUAAAGGGAUUAUCUUCGCAGAAACCCAUUAGGGCAUGCCAUCGUCUUUUAAUCGAGAACAAAGGCUAUACAAUAAACUUUCAAUUGAGCGGAAAAUAUUUGAAAAUAACAAGGAUAAAACGUAUUACACAAAAACGCAAAACAUUAAAACAAAGGAUCAGAUGGAGGCAAAAAUUCCACCAACGAUAUCGAAACAAAGUGAAAUCCUAUUUGACACGAAAACUAAAUGAAGACUUGCUAAAGGAAUUGACUGAUGCAAACAAAAUUCGAAAAAUAGUACUGCAACGGAGCAAAAUUGAGAAAAUCGACAUAGCGGAGACGGUAAAAAUAUGCAGGGGCACAGAAACCAAUAUUCAUAAUACAAAAGCCAGCAUUGGAAUACAAACUGCAACCCGAAAACAACAAGUCAAAAUGGUAAGCAAUUCCACUGAAACAGAAAGGACAAUCUGUAGAACAUUUGGACAGCAAACUUUAAUGUAUAAUAAGCGCAAAUCCAGCUCUGGGCCAAAACCUUUUCCUCCACUACGAUAUUUCGUAUCAACUGGUACCCAAACUGAGUUGCAGACCACAACAUGUGGCGUUCAAUGCAAAUAUCGGACGGUAUCCGUUGCUAUUCAAUCUGAUCAGUUGGCUACUGCAGCUGCAGGUAUCCAAGUUUAUAGCAAUAACCAUGAGUUCAACAAAUCCCCAGAUGUUCCUAUCCAAAAUUGUAGCGGGAAAUUACCGGAACAGGAAAUAAUGAUUUACAUGUUAAAUGAAAUAGGAGAACUUGUAAUAAAUCAAAACGCAUUACUAAUUAAUAAUUCCAAAUUAUUAAAUCAGAUAAGUGAACGGGCAACACUUCACAGGAAUUUAGAUAAAAGGUGUAUUAUAAGAACGAAUGGUAUUUUGAAACGAAAUAAAACUACGGCAAAAUGUUUGAUACGAAAACGAAGCAAGUAUGUGAUUGGCAAAGAAAGGGAACAACUUGAUUUGAGCUCAAAGUCAACACAAACUGAUAAAAGGCAAAUUGCCUCCAAUUCGGUAGACAAUUGUACCCAAACUUCAAUGGAUACAUAUCUAAAAAAAUCAUGGUUUGGUAGAAAAGCAAAUAAACUCAAUUGAAAUUUCUCAGCUCAACUGUUUAGAUGAAAAAAUCAAAUGCAUCAACCAAUUAUUUCACUUACCUUCCCAGAUGUCUUGAUGUCUUGUAUUCUGAUUGGAAAGUAAUGCGCCCAAAUGAAAAUGUUGAUUGAUGUUUUAAUGUCUUGAUUUUAAAAUGUUGCAUGUGUUGAUUGAAGAUAAAUAUUGAAAUGAUGAUUUGGUGCCAUUGGAAUGUGUGAUUGACUUAUAAAUAAUAUUAAAACGCUCGUAUGUUCUUUCUUUUGUUUGUGGGUUUACUAUUUUUUUUCUCUUCUUUCUCCUUGUGAAUUCAUUAUAAUUUGCUUUUAUAAUUUGGCUUGUUGUUGUAUUUGU